AUGAAAACAAAUUCGAUUAGUAGAAAAGGCAAAUGGCAUCUCAGUUCUGGUAAGUUGUAUAGUGUAGAGAAAACAUUUUGUAAAGGAAUUUCUUCACACUCGUGUACACCCGUCUCAAGAGUUAUUCACUGGGAAUCUUAUGUGACAGUAAAGGGCGAUAAUUCUAUUAUUACAGCCAAUGCCUUCCAAGCUCUAGAUUCAUUCAAAACUUUAUGGCAUCAAAGACAUUCCAUUUAUGAUAUUAUUCCGAUUCACAAGGUACAAUUUAUACGUGUUGCCCAAAUAUGUGCCAGAAAACCACUCGGUCAUGUCAUGAAAUUAGGUCACAAAUUAGUUGAAAAUUUGUGA